AAAGUUGACCGAUCAAUGACUAUUGUAUUUGUGCUAUAAGCCAUUCGUCGCCGGCCCUUUUCCGUUUCGAUCGAACAACCGACGACCUUUCAUCUUUCCGAUUUGAUAAUUCCAUAAUCAAGUGAACCGGAGAAGAAUUUUGAAUCAUGAACAGUUAGAUUCGUUUGAUUCCUACUGUUUUUCUCUCUAGGGCGAAAAGGAUCAGGAUUAGGGGCGGAUUUUGGUGGGAACCAGCGCUGUGGUCGACAAAUUGAGGCGAUAUGGUCGAAGGAGAAAUGAAUUGAUUGAUUAAUUGAUUGCAUUAUUGGGAGAGAGAUGAACGGGAGCCAUGGGUCAGUUCAUCCGGUGGAGGAAACUCCGACGACCGAUGUCGGAGACGUCGCACCGAUGGUGAGAAUGAAGGACAUAGAGGGCAUGCCUGGCACUCGCGGUGGUCUCGCUCUUCGCGGCAUUCAGCUAGGGUUCGCAGUUGCUGCUUUUGCUAUCAUGGCCGCCUCCAGCGACUUUCCUUCCGUCUCUGCAUUUAGCUACCUUGUCGCAGCUGCCAGUUUGCAGGGUUUAUGGAGUUUUGCCCUAGCAGUUAUUGACAUUUACGCUCUUUUAGUGAAGCGGACAUUGCAUAAUCGUCCAAUUGUUAGCUUUUUUGCUGUAGGCGAUGGGAUCACCACCACGCUCACAUUUGCAGCAGCAUGUGCUUGUGCGGGCAUCACAGUCCUAAUAGACAACGACCUUGACCUUUGUUCGGUAAACAAGUGUGUACAGUUUCAAUCUGCAACUGCAAUGGCAUUUCUCUGCUGGUUCUCCACGUUGCCUUCCUUUUUCUUCAAUUACUGGUCACUUGCAUCGCGAUAGAAAGGUAACUCAAGCAAACGGUGACAAUCCCCAGCCGUAAAUACCCCUUCCCCUUACAUUCAUUUUUUAUUUUUUCCUUUCUACUGUUAGUACUUGGCUGAUAUGGAUGGCAUAAUAACCGAGUCGAUCCCAAGAUUAUAAUAUACACUUGUUAUAGAAAUCUUUACAUUUUGCGAUACUAUCUAUGUUCACAAUACAACAUAUUAGUUUGGUGUUCUUUCAUUGUUUAUGAUAUUAUUCUCUGAGGCAUGUAGAAUCCAAUGCUGUUGUCUUAAAAAAAUAGAAUUUUUUUUUUCUUUCCCUCUGUAUGUCCUGUCCAUUAAUUGAAAAUGGGAACAUAUUGUCAUUA